AUGAACUCGCUGUUUUUCUCCUCAUUCGAAGUCACUCGGCAGUGUUUUUAUCGCAAUCCACUGAGUUACGCCAUCGUCAAUCUCAAGCCAAUUGUUCCUGGACAUGUCCUUGUGGUACCGACGAGGAAGGUUCCUCGUCUGUCUGAUCUGCAUGAUGCGGAACUUGCAUCCUUAAUGGUUUCCGUACAACGCGUCGGGAAUGUCAUCGAACGCGCUUUUGGGGCCGAUGCUUUGACUGUUGCUUGCCAAGACGGAACUGCUGCUGGUCAAUCGGUGCCUCACGUUCACUUUCACAUCCUGCCCAGAAAAUCUGUCGGAGAUCAUUUUUCAAACAACGACGAGAUAUAUCCUGCCCUUGAGAACUCAGAAGGCUCGCUCAAUAUGCAUUUGCAACAAACUGCAAGGCAGACUAUGAAGGUUGACGCGGAUGAGAAUCGUAAACCGCGGACAGAGGCGGAGAUGGAACAGGAGGCUACUUGGUUGAAAACAUUCUUCCAAUGA